AUGGUGCACUGUGCCGGCUGCAAAAGGCCCAUCCUGGACCGCUUCCUCUUGAACGUGCUGGACAGGGCCUGGCACGUCAAGUGCGUCCAGUGCUGUGAAUGUAAAUGCAACCUGACCGAGAAGUGCUUCUCCCGGGAAGGCAAGCUCUACUGCAAAAACGACUUCUUCCGGUGUUUCGGUACCAAAUGCGCAGGCUGCGCGCAGGGCAUCUCCCCUAGCGACCUGGUGCGGAGAGCCCGGAGCAAAGUGUUUCACCUGAACUGCUUCACCUGCAUGAUGUGUAACAAGCAGCUCUCCACCGGCGAGGAGCUCUACAUCAUCGAUGAGAACAAGUUCGUCUGCAAAGAGGAUUACCUAAGCAACAGCAGCGUCGCCAAAGAGAACAGCCUCCACUCGGCCACCACGGGCAGUGACCCCAGUUUGUCUCCGGACUCCCAAGACCCGUCGCAGGACGACGCCAAGGACUCGGAGAGCGCCAACGUGUCGGACAAGGAAGGCGGCAGCAAUGAGAAUGACGACCAGAACCUGGGGGCCAAGCGGAGAGGGCCGCGCACCACCAUCAAGGCCAAGCAGCUGGAGACGCUGAAGGCCGCCUUUGCCGCUACACCCAAGCCCACGCGCCACAUCCGCGAGCAGCUGGCUCAGGAGACUGGCCUCAACAUGCGUGUCAUUCAGGUCUGGUUCCAGAACCGACGGUCCAAGGAACGGAGGAUGAAGCAGCUAAGCGCGCUGGGCGCCCGGCGCCACGCCUUCUUCCGCAGUCCGCGCCGGAUGCGGCCGCUCGUGGACCGCCUGGAGCCGGGCGAGCUCAUCCCCAACGGGCCCUUCUCCUUCUAUGGAGAUUACCAGAGCGAGUACUACGCUCCCGGAGGCAACUACGACUUCUUCCCGCAAGGCCCCCCGUCCUCGCAGGCUCAGACGCCAGUAGACCUGCCUUUCGUGCCGUCGUCCGGGCCUUCCGGGACACCCCUGGGUGGCCUGGAGCACCCGCUGCCCGGCCACCACCCGUCGAGCGAGGCUCAGCGGUUCACCGACAUCCUGGCGCAUCCUCCCGGGGACUCGCCCAGCCCCGAGCCCAGCCUGCCCGGGCCUCUCCACUCAAUGUCGGCCGAGGUCUUCGGGCCCAGCCCACCUUUCUCGUCGCUGUCGGUCAACGGCGGGGCGAGCUACGGAAACCACCUGUCUCACCCCCCCGAAAUGAACGAGGCGGCCGUGUGGUAGCGGAGUCGCGCACGAUCCGCGGAGUUCGUGGUUGUACAGAAACGAACCUUUAUUUAAGAAAAACAGGAAAAAAACAAAAAAAAACCCAUAAAAGCAAGUCAUCCCCCCCACUUCCUCCAGCUUGGGGGACCAUUUUCCGUCUGGAGAGACCGGAUGGGAAAGGGGGACACGAAAUAGAAUCCAAAUCCGCCUGGAGGUAAAACUGGGAUCCGUGCGCUGGCUGGCAAGGUGCAGAACUGGGGCUCCCGCAGGGAAACGCAGACCUCUCCCCACCUCCCACCUGGACCCGGAUCCUUUGACAGACACCGCCGGCGUGAGCGAGAGCCCGACGGGCUGCAUAAAAACACCCACGGCAGCCGCAGGGGGCGGCCAGUCGGUGGUGACGCCAGGAGCCGCGGGGAGGGAGGCUGCGCCCGCAGCCGGUUGAGGGCGGUGAAGCGGCCGGGGCGCUCCCGGGCCAGCCUGGAGGGUUCUGGCUCUGGGAAAUUUAUUAGCGUUGUCUCAGAGUUCAGCAACAGCGACAACAAACUUAUAGCUUCAGAAAC